AAUAUUUGGAAAAUCCAUACAGAUUUGACUUGUUUUAUGAAAUCCAUUGUUCAUUGAUCAGCAAUAAUUAGUUGUUGUGGUUUACACGAUACGUCUGUUUGUUUCAUGUUGAACGUCCUAUUCGAAAAAUUUCAGCUUAUAUAGAGACGCCUCUACCAUUAGGCGAAGUGCCACAAAUUUAGACCCACACCUGGGUCCAACGCCUUUAUUGGGAUACGGGUCUUCCGUUUUGAAAGUCGGUAAGACUUUCAGGUCUUGUGUCGGGCACUACGCGAAGGAACAGCCACUACCAGUACCCAUUUGAAACGUCGGAGGUUUGUUGUGGAGCCUUGAUGGAAAAUUUGGGUUUCGAAUCCUCCCCCACAACUAGUAGUCUACCACAAUCCCUACAUGGGUGCGCUCUAAUGAUUCGAUGAAAUGAUUGAAGUAUAAACCCGUGGAUGGUCUUUGAACACACGCGGCUGGUGUGCUGAUCAAUCAGACACGUUCAAUCCGGUGACAAAGCGCUCGGAAAACUUGACCAUGCUUUUUCAAACAUUUUUUCUUUCAAUAAUUUGGGCCUCUCAAGCUUGGUGGCUUAUAAAAAGAGAAAAGUGUUACGAGAAUAUUGGAUGCUUUGAUGAUAAGGCACCCUUUGACAACCUCAGUAUCCUCGGGAAGAAAUUCUUACCCGACUCUCCGGCAUCAGUAAAGCCUCGAUUUUUCCUCUAUACCCGAGAAACCCGGAACCAUGCCGAGGAGCUCCUUCCUUACAACAGCGAUACCGUAUCAAAGUCAAAGUUCGAUUCAAAAAGAAAGACAAUAUUUAUUAUUCAUGGAUUUUCGUCAUUUUCAAAGGAUGGUCGCCUUAUGGACAUGAAAUCUGCGUUCUUGUCAAAGUUCGACUACAACGUCAUUAUGGUGGACUGGUCGCCCGGAGCAAACGAUGUAAUGUACAUCAAAGCCGCUGCUAACAUUAGGGUGGUGGGUGCAGUGACGGCGAACAUGCUGAAAGCUCUGAAGGACGGACAGUCUCUCUCUUACCAGGAUGUCCAUAUGAUUGGCCACAGUCUGGGAGCCCAUACCUGCGGGUAUGUUGGGAGGAGAGAGAGAGGGAUAGGUCGCAUAACAGGCUUAGAUCCGGCGUCGCCUUACUUUGAGGACGAGGAUCCCGCUGUCCGUUUAGAUCCGUCGGAUGCUAUCUUUGUGGAUGUGAUACACACCGACGGCAGGAAGUAUUUUGGGUUUGGAAUUAUUCAACCCGUCGGACAUAUUGAUUUCUACCCUAACAAUGGGAAGCACCAACCUGCCUGUCAUACAGACACCAUGGGGGCCCUCAAGGACCUAGUCACUGGAGAUCUAGAAAGCCUGUCGGAGGACAUUGCUUGCAGCCACAUGAGGGCCAUCCUCCUGUUCACAGAGUCUGUCCGAUCAUCCUGUCCCUUCACCUCCUGCUGUACGUCUUGUGACAUUAAGUGUACACGAAUGGGUUUGAAUGUCAACCGCAGGGUCCGAGGACGUUACCACUUGACUACAAACUCUGCCUCGCCGUUUUGUCAAGGCUAAAUGAAAGCCUGCAUUGUUCUGAGGGUGUAGGGCUCAUUAUAUACAAUAUAUACAGUAAAAAAUAUUCUUCUUUGCUAAAGACUGUACCUGUAAUUUCACUGAUUCAACAACAAACAAAAUAUGAUCUACAUGUACUUGUCUUUUCAUAAAGAAAUUGAAACACA